AUGGCGACUAUGGAGGAGCUUGAUCCAACUUGCAAUCCAAUGCAACCCCUUUUGGAGGAGCGAUCCACAAGUCAUUCUGACCAGUCUCUGAGAUCAGAGAAGGUGGAUAAUGCUAUACCACAGCAACCAGGGCAUGAUGAUUAUCGUAACUACGAUAUUGUACGAGCAACACAGUAUGGUGUAUUUGAGCGUGUACAGGAACUCAUUGAGGGAGGUUUCGAUGUCAAUGAGAAUGAUCGAGAGAAUGUGAGUCUCCUCCACUGGGCUGCCAUCAACAACAGGACAGAAAUUGUAAAAUAUUUUGUGAGAAAAGGGGCUGUUGUGGACAAGUUCGGAGGUGACCUCAACUCAACACCGCUUCACUGGGCAACAAGACAAGGUCAUCUAAAAAUGAUUGUGUUAUUGAUGUCCCUGGGAGCAGAUCCAACCCUGAGGGAUGGAGAAGGUUGUAGUUGUAUACACCUAGCUGCUCAGUUUGGACACACAGCCAUUGUGGCCUACCUCAUAGCCAAGGGUCAUGAUGUGGACAUGGUUGACCAACAUGGAAUGACGGCACUCAUGUAUGCUUCUUACAGAAUAUUUGCUUAUGAUCCUGUACGGAUGUUGUUGACAUUCAAUGCCUCUAUGGACAAGACGGAUAAGAUGCAGGGCAACACUCCACUACAUUUCGCCUGCCAGUCAGGCAACACAGUCAUCAUCAAGACACUUAUAACAGCCGGGGCCAAUCUUGACGCUCUUAACGCCAAGGGCCAGACACCCAUUGAUGUGGCAGCCAUGCAUAAACACACCCAGAUUGUGAAGCGUUUACACGAAAUGAGGAUAGAGCUGGGAUAUGACACAAGACAUUGUCUACAAAAAUACACAAAUGACAAGAAGGUACGUAGGAAGGUCAUGCUAGUGUUUCCAUUCAUUGCGCUGUGGGCCAUAGGUGCCAUCCCGGAGAUGGAAUCAGACUGGUAUAUCAAGCUUGCCUUGGCUGUGGUUGGGAUCAUUCUCUGGAAACUAACAGCACAUUUCUUCUUUGACGACAAGAUGAUGACUGUGAUGCCUAUCAGUAUUUAUUUGGCCACCAAGCUUUGGAUGUAUUACACCUGGAUUGUCUACCUAGUGCCUUAUGUACAGAGUACUGAAAAGAAUAUUCUGUUCACUCUCAACACCAUACUGCUAACAUACAACUUCUGGAAGGCCUGGCGAACUAACCCUGGCUACAUAGAAACUGACCGUACUGAAAAGAUCAAAGUAAUACUAGAACUAGCAGAGGACCAGACAUUGACUCUGAACCAGUUUUGCAGCACCUGCCUAAUUCAUCGUCCUAUCCGGUCCAAACACUGUAACACCUGUAACAAAUGUGUGGCGAAAAUGGACCAUCAUUGUCCGUGGAUUGAUAACUGUGUUGGUGCUGACAAUCACAAGUUUUUCAUUGGCUACCUGUUUUUCCUGUUCGGGAUGAUAUGUUGGUGUUUCCAUGGCUGUCGGAUUUAUUGGAAUCAUGUAUGUCCAUUCGAUGUGUAUGUGGAUGGUAUUACAGGAAUUAUUUAUAAAGUGGUAAAGACGUCGCCUUGGGUUGCCUGGAUCGCUCUCAAUUCUCUCGGCCAUAUGUUGUGGGUUGGCAUACUGUUAACCUGUCAACUCUACCAGAUAAUCUGGUUGGGCAUGACAACCAAUGAGAGAAUAAACUUCGUGAAAUAUGAAUACCUACAUGACAAAGAGGCUAAAUUGAAAGAAAUGGCUGACAUGAAAGGUCACGGUCACAGUGAUGGCGGGCAUAGUCAUCAUAGUCAUCAUGGCGGACCAAAGGCUAAGUCAAAAAACCCAUUCCAUCGUGGAAUGUUCAAGAACAUGGUAGAUCUGUUUGGCUGGCGUUUCUGUGGAUUACUGCGUCCUAAUAAAUUGGAUUACCGACACUUGUUUGUACUGCCUGGAGAAGAGGCAGCAGUGUCAAAGAGACUCAAGUUCAAUGUCAACCGAGAAAACUACCAGUUUGUAUAGUGUUGUGAACCAGGAAAAUCACCACUGAGCUGGAGAGACACCCAGCCUUAGUAGUGAUGUAAACCAGGAAAACUAUGUACCAGAUUGGGUCGUGAACCGAUAUAACUACUAGUUUGUGUAGCAAACCAGGAAAAUUUCCAGUUUGUGUAAUGAACCAGGAAGACUCCCUGUUUGUGCAAUGACAUGAACAGGGAAAGUUCCCUGUUCACGAAGGGAUGUGAACUGUCAACCAGUUUUAGUGAAGAUGCGAGAUAAAUAUUAUCGUAAUUACUACACUCAGGACCGACUCAUGGUCUUUUCUUUUUUUUUCAUUUUUUUUUUUUAUUAAUUUCAGUUUACAAAGCAAAAAAAGUUUUUGCAACUUAAAAAAAUUCUGUGUUGAUCAUUUUCAUUGUGAAGUAAAACAUUUUUAUUUUUUUAUUUGUCAUUUUUUCAUGUUUUGAUACAAAUAGCCUCAGGAUACAAAGACAGUUACAUAUGUCAUCAGUUAAUUUCAUUUGAAAAAGUGAAAAACUAUUAGCAAAUAUCAUUGACAGAAAAGAGAUUAUAUAUAUGUGUAUUUAAAUGUGUGUUAAUAUUUAUUUAUUAAACAGAAGCUUGCUAAAUUUUCAUUCAGCUCUUUUGUAUAUCCUGAAGCCAGGCUUUGAUGAAGUGAAGUGUCUGAAAUUUUGCUAAAUUGUGAAUCAUCCUUUGUUAUUUUCAUAAGAGAAGUUUAGAUGUGAAGAUGUAAGCUGUAAAAACAACACAUAUUGUAUAAUGUAAGUCUUUUAACAGGAUAUGUAAAUGGUACUUUUUGUCAGAGAGACUAUGGUACAUGGUUUGUGUUUGUACACAGAGGGAAUUGCCAAUAUUAUUUUGUUUAUGUUUGCAAAAGCUGAUAUGACUAACAUUUCUGUUAAUUUGAUACUUCUUGUUGUUCAAUUUUUUUAGGGGAAGGGAGAGUACUCUUUAUGAAAAUAAACGUGUGGAAUUCUUCCUCACUCUGAUUAUAAUUAUUCUUUUUCAAUAAAUGUGUUCAUACUGAAAGGAGCAUGUGUAGGUUUACUGUGUAUGAAAUAUGUAUGAAAUGUUUUCAUUUAUUUCAUAUACAGAAUCAAAGCCCCUUGAUAAAACCCAUUUUCCCUUCAACCCUACCGCCAAUUCUAGGAAAAAUAUACAGGAUAAUUUGUAUUUCCUUUCAUUAAAACGUUUUUAACAGUCCUAAUGUUGAAUAAUCUUUAAUGGAAACAUCAGUUUUUCUGAUUUUUUUUCUCUGUUUUAAGUAGUUUUCUAUAUUCUGGUGAAAUGAUGUGCCUACUUUUAGCGAAAUUAUUUGGGUUGUUAAUUAAAGGUUUGGCAUUACACAAUAAAUAGUAACAAGCUUAACAGCAUUGUAUAAAGUUUUAAUGUACUCUGCAUAAAGAUGUAUUGUUUAGCUGAUUUGACCAAUGAGAAGCAGUGUUACAUAACUGAUUUGACCAAUUGGAAACAGUGUUACACAUAUAGCUGCAAUGGUUGAAAAUCUGAUUGAUUUUCAUAAGAAGUAUUUUUAAACAUCAAAACAGUUGUAGAUGUAUGGUGAGUGAUUUGAUAGGAAAAAAAAUUAUGCUAUGUCUUAUAUACUUGUGUGAUAUAAAUGGUUGGUGUCUAUUCUACAAAAUGGCUGUAGACCUCAUUGUUUAUGUAUUUGAAAUGUAUCACUUCCAUGUUUUGCUUUUAAAUUGGCCUUUUAAUUAUUUAAUAAUGAGAGCAUGCAGCUGAUGGAGGAUUUAAUGAGCUUAUCAGUUUUGUUUGAUUGUAUCAAAGAAGAUCGAUAUAAGAAAAAACCUUUCGUUUUUCAUAAACCUUUUUUUUAUAAUUUUACACAGGAGAUAUUCUACAACUUCUUAAAACUGUGUGAUUCUGAUCUGGUACGUCUAAUGCUAUCAUGUAAUCACUAUGAAUUCAUCAAAUUUCCAAUUUUUGCAUAAUACAUGUAAUUAUUAGCUUCAAAAUAAUGUAAAUACCAACGUAAUACAUAGAGUGUACUUUAAAAACCAGAUGUUUUUUCAGAAAGAAUCAAUGUUGUGAAAAUUUGAUUUCAUCGAUGGAUAUAGCUUUAUAAAUGUACAUUUACCAAUUAUAUUAGUUAGUGGACAUUUGAAUUGGUAGAUUUAGAGUACCCCUGUAGUCAACAAAAAUAGAUCCCCACGAAAAUUAAUGAUUUAAUAGCUUACCUGACAAGGUGAACUUACGCCGUGUCACAAUGUCUGUCAUCUGUCCGACAUCAACUUUUAUAUUUGAACGACUUUUUCUCAAUAAGCAGGAGUCCCAUAGUAAUGGUGUUUUGCUGACCGGAUCCUUGGAUAAGGCCAAACAAAAUUUAAUCAAAGAAAUUACUGUAACACAUAUUCGAAGUCACAGAGGUCAAAUUUGUUAAAACCUUUGAAUCACCAAAAGGCAUAGAAGGGUUGUAUUUAGCUGAUUGGUUCCUAGGAUGAAGCCUGACAAUUUUAAGAAAAAGAAAUGACCUUGACUUAUAACUAAAGUCACAGGGGUCAAAUUUCUUAAAACUUUAAAACCGCAGCAACCAAUUUAAAGAAACAGAAAAAAAAGAAAGUGAUAUAUUCCCUUAAAUCAAGGUCAUAGCUGCAGCUAUUUAAAACUAAGUUUUCAAAGCUAAUAUUUGUUAUGAAAAUUGGUUAAAAUUGAUUGGACGUACCCAUGUUUAAUGCCAAUGUUGCAUGUGUUAAUGUAUUUGUAAUGAACAUUGGUUGUAUUUGAAUACCAGAUUAGCGAUGCAGGUCCAAUGGGCCUCUUGUUACAGUAUUAUAGCGGACUUGCCUUUUUAACUGAUUUUAAGUUACAACAUUGAUUUCAUUUUUCAGGUUCAAAGUCUUCAUGGUUCAUUGAUAUGAUCAUUCUGACCGUGAUUUCAUGGUUCAGUGGCUUUAUAAUUCAUGACUUCAUGAUAAGUUUCAUUGGCAACUCUCACGUUGAUUUCAUGUUUCAUUAACUUUAUAAUUCCUUUAUUGUUCAGUGACUUCAUUGUUCAGUUACUUUACUGUUCCUUAAAGGUUCAGUGACUGCACGGUUCAUUGACAAACUGGUUUAUAGACAACAUAAUGCUCACAAUGGGUUUGUAAUCUUGUGAUUUCAUGGAUCAGUGACUAACCAAUCAUUGACAUGAUCAUUCUUCUACCAGUUAUUUCAUUGUUAAGUGACAAAAUUGUUCUGAAAUUCUGCUGCUGUUGUGUGCUUUAGUGGCUUAUUUUUCCUGAUUUUCCUUAAAAUUUCUUCAAUGAUUGCUGAAUUUGCUGACCAAAUACUUACAUUUUACAAUUAUAUGUUCAUGUUAUGAAUGUGUUUAUAUAAAGCAUAGCUCUAUAUACUAUAUAUGAAACUGACUUUGCAAAUGAACAAGUUAAGCUAUAUACAAAAUCUUAACUUAGAAUUGUAUUUUGUAGUUAGAAUGUACCUGAAGCAUUUGUAAUUUAGUAUAUUUCAAGUAUUAUUAUAGUACUUAGUAUCUUCCUAUUUGUUACAGGGAAGAAAUCUGUGAAUUUGACCUCCAAAUUGUGGACAGAAAUACUAUGUGUCUUCUAUCAUCAGAUGGUCAGUUGCUCUGCCCUUCAGUCAUUCUUAAAACAAUUUUUAUUUCACCUGACCAAAGAGUCUGUGUGGCUUCAAACUUUUCUUUAAAUGACUUUGCCUCAAUAACUCAAAGACCUAAACUCAUGAUAUUUGGCUUGAAGGUUUUUGGGAUGACACCAGACAAAGUUGCAAAAACAAACAAGUUUAACCUUCAUUCAAGGUUUCAGAUGUCAAAUUUGUUAAUAUCUUAAAACAAUUUCUUGUCUUCUCAAUAAGUAAAAGGCUUAAAAUCAUGAUACUUAGUUUACCUUGUUAAAACCUUCGAAGGACUUUUUUCAUUAUCCAAAAGGCUUGGAAUCAAAACCUGGGAUGAAGCUUGACAAAAUUUGAAUAGAGAAAUGACCUUGACCAACAGUGUAUUCAGGCCACUGCAUCCUUAUUUAUUUUAAAAAUUUUAAUGACUUCUUCUCAAUAACCGUAAUGCUUUGAAUCAUAUUUAUUUUGCUGGGAGGUUCCUGGGCUGAAACCUGACAAAAUUAAAAAAAUAAAUGGCCUUUUCCUACAUUUAGGCCAGAGUCACAGUGGUCAGAUUUAUUAAAACCUUCAAAUGAGAAGUUUAAAUGUUGAUGAUGUUAUAUAUUAAUGUAUUUGUGAAGAAAAAUGGAAUACUAAAUAUUAUCCUUGUUUGAUAUAACCUUUCAUUGAGAAAUAAUAGAUGCAUUUUAAAUUCCAUAUGAUUUAUAUAAGUUACCUCUGUAUCCAA